GAAGGAGACCCAACUCUUUUUCUGUUUUUAAUUUUUUUAUAAGCUUCAUAGUUCGACGGUCGCAUUAUUAAAGAUAAAGCAACAAAUUCCUCCUUUUAUUUCUCUCUCUCUUUCUCUCUCUCUCUCCUUCCUUCAACCAAUUCCCGCCAUGAUCAUCUCUGCUCAAGCUUCCUAGAGAUCUUUGUAGAAGAAGAGCAAGGGAAGGGGUGGGGUAAAUAAGUAGGCAGAGGUAGAAGAAAGGUCAGAGGACAUGGGGAACUGCCUCGGCUCCUCUAAUAAGUCCGCGAGUAAAGGAAACACCAUUUCAGGGCUAUCAUCAGCUAAAGCAAGCAGCAGCAGCAGCAGCUCAACUACAACCGGGAAGUUCUCAACAUUUAGCAGCAGCACAUUUGAGCAAUCCACAGGCAGUGGAGGGAGCAACGAUGAUGCAUUUCCAGACGGUAGAAUUUUAGAAACGUCAAAUCUUCGGAUAUUUACAUUUGCAGAGCUAAGGAGUGUGACAAGAAACUUUAAGCCAGAAGCUGUUCUUGGAGAAGGUGGAUUUGGUAAGGUGUUCAAGGGCUGGGUUGAUGAGAAAACUUUGGCUCCUGCAAAAACUGGACUUGGGAUGGUGGUUGCUGUGAAGAAACUCAACUCUGAGAGUAUGCAAGGCUUCGAAGAGUGGAAGUCAGAAAUUAAUUUUCUAGGAAGGCUUUCUCAUCCCAAUCUAGUCAAGCUUUUGGGCUAUUGCUGGGAAGACGAGAGGCUUCUCCUUGUCUAUGAGUUCAUGCCGAGAGGAAGCCUAGAUAACCAACUAUUUAGAAGAUGGUCAUCCUUUACACCACUUUCAUGGAACUUAAGGCUAAAGAUAGCCAUAGAUGCCGCUCGAGGUCUUGCAUUCCUACAUUCUUCAAAGAAACAAGUAAUCUACCGUGAUUUCAAGUCCUCCAAUAUCCUCCUCGACUCGGAUUACAAUGCAAAGCUCUCUGAUUUCGGACUAGCAAAGAAUGGACCUACAGAUGAUAACUCUCAUGUUACUACCAGAAUCAUGGGAACAUUUGGUUAUGCAGCACCUGAAUAUAUUGUUACUGGUCAUUUAUAUGUUAAGAGUGAUGUGUAUGGAUUUGGAGUUGUCUUAUUAGAGCUGCUCUCUGGUCAGCAAGCACUCGACCCGAUCCGCCCAGCCGAACAACAAAACUUGGUCGAUUGGGCCAGGCCAUUUCUGUCUGAUAAGAAGCAACUGGCUCGGCUGAUGGACCCCAAGCUUGAAGGAAAGUAUCCUUCAAAAGGAGCUCUUCGAGCAGCUCAACUCACGCUUAGAUGCCUUAGUCAGGAGCCCAAAAAACGGCCAUCAAUGAAGGAAGUUGUUGAAAUACUGGAAGGCAUCAAAGACAAUGCAAAGCAGACAGAGGAAGGUAAAGGUAGAAGGCACAAAAGAUCAGGAGUGAGAGCUACGGCUAUUAACCACUUUCCCAAAGCAAGAUGAUUGCUUUAUGAUCCUUGAAUUUUUACGCAUUCCUCACGUCGGAACAGUUUUUUUUUUUUUAAUCUUUUGUAAUUGAAAUCUUUGUAGUUUUUCCUUUCAGUAUUGCUACAAUUUCAGCAUUGUUUGCCAAUGUGUUUUGUAUUCUUAUUGAAGAAUAUGAACUGAAUAAUAUUCGUUUCAUAAGGAAAAUUAGGGGAAAUUAUUUCGAACUC